CACGCGCGCGCUAGCAGGGAUCGGGGCAGAUGCACAACCACCAGGCAGGAGCGACUCUGCUCAGCUGCUAUGGAGCAACAAGACAAAGAUCAGUGUGGAGACAUGUGCAAGUUUGUGCAGGAGAAAUCUGGGAGCAGAGUCGUGAAGAAGGUGCUUGUGUGUUAAUAGGAAACAAGAUAAGAAGAGCGGACGGUGCCAUCUGUAAACCUACUCAAGCAUCUUUUUAUGAGGAUGAAACCAGUGUUAGCCUCCAAGUGAUUCAGUCUGCAGUAAAACCAAGAAUAUGUGUCAUGAGAAGACAGUGCUGAUAACAAAUGCAAGAAAGACCUGAGCUCAUACCUCCCCCCAGUCCAGCAACAGUACUUUAAUGGUUGGAACUGCCCGCCCCAACCUGCAUUACUGCCCUCGCAGACACAGCCUGAUGAUCACCGGUGCCAUGGGAGCGGUGCGAGUCAACAGAUACAGCAUCGUUUCCACAGAUGAAGAUGCCCUGAAGAUCUCCACCUUGGGCCUUCACAACGGCCACAGUCCUCUGACUCAGCAGACCCUGUCGGGGGCCUGCAUGCAAGGUGAGGAAGGAGGAGAGUGUCCAGGAAGUGAAGAAAGAAGAGGGGCUUUGUCUCUCAGGGUAACAAAUGAGCCAAUUGUCCACAACAGCUGCCGUGCACCACCUUCAUGUCAUCUGGGCCUUGAUCAGGGCACCGGCCGCCUGCGCAGCCGCUUUGUGAAGAAGAACGGACAGUGCAAUGUGGUGUUCAACAACAUGGAGGACAAGCCACGACGAUACCUGGCUGACAUUUUCACCACCUGUGUGGACAUACGCUGGCGCUACCUGUUACUCAUCUUCACCACCACCUUCCUUCUGUCUUGGCUGCUGUUUGGCCUGAUCUUCUGGGGAGUGGCGUUCGCACAUGGAGACUUUGACUUUCGCAUCCCUGUUAAGGACGGGGAUCCUCGGAGUGGUGUUGACGAAUGGCGGCCGUGUAUUCUCCACAUCCAGGGCUUCAUUGGGGCGUUUCUCUUCUCCAUAGAAACCCAGACCACCAUUGGAUAUGGUUUCCGGUGUGUCACCGAAGAGUGCCCAGUCGCUGUGGUGACUGUGGUGGUGCAGUCCAUCGUGGGAUGCAUUAUUGACUCCUUCAUGAUCGGCACCAUCAUGGCAAAGAUGGUGCGGCCCAAGAAGCGGGCUCAGACCUUGCUGUUCUCGCAUAAUGCCGUCAUCGCUCUGCGGGAUGGUAAGCUGUGCCUCAUGUGGCGUCUGGGAAACAUGCGCAAGAGUCACAUAGUUGAAGCGCAUGUUCGUGCUCAGCUCAUUAAGCCAAAAGUGACGGCUGAGGGUGAGUACCUCCCUCUGGAGCAAACAGACAUUGACGUCGGCUAUGAUGACGGGUUGGAUCGGCUGUUUCUAGUGUCGCCUUUGGUGGUGGUCCACGAGAUCAACAAGAACAGCCCUCUGUAUGACCUGAGCUGUAAUGACCUGCAGAAAGAGGACUUUGAGAUCGUGGUCAUCCUGGAAGGAAUGGUCGAGGCCACAGCGAUGACCACUCAGGCCCGCACCUCCUACUUAGCCAAGGAGAUCCUAUGGGGCCACCGCUUUGAGCCUGUGGUCUUUGAAAAGGGUGACCGCUACCAUGUGGACUAUUCCCGCUUCCAUAAGACCUAUGAAGUGCCAUCUACGCCUCACUGUAGUGCCAGGGAACUGAGCCAGAUGACGGGCCGUGGUGGGCAGUCCUCUUCCUCCAGCUCGAGUUACUCCAGGUCUCCAUCACCGUUUGCCCCGAGGCCGUCCCGCCACCUCCUGGGCCCUCACUCCCCCAGCGCGUUUUGCUACGAGAACGAGGUAGCUUUGUGUUGUGGGGACGAUGAGGUUGAGGAAAACGUAAAGAAGGAGGCGGGAAGCCUGAACAUAAGAAGUGACAGAGAAGUAAAGAUGAGAGAUGACAUUCACUCGGGUUUCAAGGAGACAUUUGUGGAGGAGCAGACAGUGGAGAUGCUGUGUGUUCUGGACACAGAGAAUCAAAUCAGCCUUGACAGACUACAGCCCACCCUACCUUUAUACAUCAGCAGAGAGUCAGGAGUUUAAUCAAUGGUAAUGGCUGCCCUUCCAUUUGUUUCCUCUCUUUGUCUGUGUGCAUCCAACCAAAGUAUUGAACUAGUGUAAAAAAGUAAAGAUGGUGGACACAUUUUAAACAGUACAUGUGCUGAAAGAGAAGGAUCUCGUCUGCAGCUGUCACAAACUCAACUCAGCUUUAAUUCAUAACUUGCUCUGGUUUCAGGUAUUGCACACACACAGCUGCAACAUCAGUAUCUAUAAAACACUCAGCUCAUCUACUUUUGAACAUAGUACCUCUAAAACUUUACUGGUUUCUUGUUUUAUUCAAUAUAACCUGUGUAUGAGCAACAGUUGUAGUCAAGCUUUUUUGUUCUUGAUUUCCAUUCUUUUCUUCUUUUGUAAAUAUGGUAUGCUUUUGUUUUCAUUUUAAAAUGAACAUACAUCAUAUGCAGAUAAAUGUUCAAAGAGAAAAACUAUUUACUUUAAGGAAGUCAUGACGCACAUGCUCAACUUUAACAAACUUUUGUUCUCUGCGUAAAAAUAAAUGAUCUCUGUAUUUUAAACUUCUGUCUUCUGGCCUAAGUUCUGUAACUUAUUUUAUAAAUGAACCAUUUUCUUUUCUCAUGAUUUAUCACAGUUUGUUCAACAAUAGAAAGACAAAUUCAAAUGAAGGACACACUGAACAAAGGAAACAACAAGUUACACAUGUACAGAUGAAGAACAAGCACUUUAUUCUUACUUUUAUCAUUAGAUAAAACACUUUGCAACAGUGUCUGAACAAAACACCCAAUAAAACAGUAGUGUUAAUGCUU